CUCCAUCCCCAUCCACCACUCCAUAUCCACCAUUCCUUGCAUUUCCUGGCCCGCGACGCACAUUUCCACCCUUCGGAUGUCCAGCAACAGACUGAUUGAUGUCUGAAUCAACCUCGUCCCAAAUCCAAUUCAGCUUUCCCUUUCAUCAUCCGCUAUCUAGUCGAUCGAACUACUCGUGGCUAGCGAGAACAUGGACCUCACCCUCACUUUGCUCUCAGUUCCCUGUAUCACUAGCCAUGGAUUUGUAUAUUUGCCUCAGCAUCGUCCUUCGGGACCGCAGUCUUUUCUCUCUCCUCUUCUGCCAGACAACAACCACCAUUUGUCAAUUCAACCAGUACAAACUGUGACUCUGUGUCUUCCCGUCAAUCCAAAUUGGCCUGCUCUCACAUCCACCUCUUUAUUUUUCACUUCUGCUUUGUCGUCGACUUGGGCCAAGUUGACCUCUAUUUGCUUUCUCGUCUCACCAGACCGAUUAUUUUCUUCCCUCAUCUUCUCAACAUCACACAUUUGAAAUCUGACAUCUGACAUUUGCAAUCUUUCUGUGUCCUUGGGAGACGUACCACGUCCUGGACGCUAGGCAUCGGGACGUCCUGCGCAGGUCCAGUGACAUAUUUUAGCUGCCACCCACUACUUCCCUCUUCCGCCUUCCCCUCGAGCUCCUCCACCAACGACAGCAGCGCCAGACUGCCGUCCCUAGAGCCUCCUUGGCUGCAAGACAAGUCCCCACCAUCACCGCUACUAUUGACUCCAACGCCCGUCCACCUGAGCCGUUUGUCUCGACCCAUCUUCAGCAGGAGAAAAAAAAAAGGACUCCAGGCUUUCAUACUCAGCUCACGGGCCAUUACCGGACUACCGCGUCGGCCCAAUCACUACUGCCCUUUGUCACGCGACAGGCGCAGCUCGCUGAGCAAAAGGUGAACCUUGAUGCGCCAGAUCUCUCACGAGCUGGGUUGAAAACCUUCUAGGCCCUUACAAGCGGCCACCGAAGGGAAUAAGGACGACACGCUAGUCAUCGACCUGCGCACUGCACACCACACCAUUAUUGCCGCUAUUGCACCAGACCACAAGAGUCAAGACCACCAGACCACAAACCCCCCGCCCCAGCUUUGUCGCCUCCCAGAUCGCUCCCCCGGCUCGAUCGCCACCAGCAGGCCAACUCUCGAACUUACGUCGUCAUUUUUCACACGUUCUCUCUAACACCUGCAAGCAUCACUUGCCAAACGACGACAAUCGCUCAAUCUCCCUCCUCAACACCCUUUUCUUUCGUUGUUGUAAUUGUUCCUUUUGUCCUUCGCUCACACCUUUUGACACCCGUUUCUUUUUUUCCUGAAAAGCAAUUCGCCGUCUCUCAAGCCGCCCACCGGUUCUCAGAAGUGUUCUUCGUUCGACCGAGGCAACAGAGACAAGCGGACUCCUCCGGCCCUCUUUGGUGGACGCGACGGCGAGGAUCUCACGAGCCCACCGAAACCUGUACUUGUUCACCUGACAGAGGGCGAACCCUAAUAUUGCAAUUCCUUAAUCCUGGGCGGCUUUCUCGAUUUGCUUUGUUUCACGAACGUCUCCGUUGCUGGUGAGGGAUUGGGUGACCAUGCCCGCGGAGCCAGAUCUGGGUGCAAUUCAAGCCUCUCUGCGGGUCUUGAAUGUGGCGAAAACGAUUUACCCUGCCAUACUCCUCGUCGUCUUUGUCGUCGCAUUUGUCUACCACGGCAUCAAGACUGCGCCUGAUGAUGCCGGCAAGGUCAAAAUUCACCCCAUGCGAGGUCCGGGCGGACGACCUCUCCCUAUCCGAAGGAGGUCCGCCAAUCAAGUCAAGGAAGCUGCGGCGGUCAAAGAUCUGUCACCUGCAGUCAAGGCUCUUUUCAAGGUCGGUCAGGUCAUUGUCAUCUUGACCUUUCUGGGCAAUGCAGCGAUCCUACUUUUCGAGACUUUGCUCAAUCGAAAAGACGAAUGGUGGCCCGGGAAGAAUGCCGUGAUCUAUGUUAUAGCCUCAACGUUCCUCUGGCUUGUUGUCUUCAUCUCUAUCCUGGAUACGAAACCCUCCCCAAACUCCGCGCACUUUGUCACGUGGCUCUGCGCGGUGCCUUUGGAGGUGAUCAUCGUCGCGGCUAGUCUGCGAAUAUACACCGUGCCCCAUUAUGAGCCUCGGGUGGGCAACCAGCAAGGAGGCAAGUAUAGGGAGAAGAUUACAGGAUGGGAGACGCUGGAAGUCGUUGUCAAUCUUGGACGACUCAUUUUUCUCCUCGGCUUGACAAUCCUCUUCGUCGCCCUUAAGUUCAGUUGGGGUAGACCCAAGGAGUCGGCUUCAGCCACCGACGAUGAGAGGAGACCGUUACUCGGCGCAGACACUGAAGCCGGAGGACGCCCAAACGGCCAUGCUCGUCAUGGAGACCCCCGAAACACCCCAUCAUCAGAACCCAAGGAGCAAGUUGACGCUUGGGCCAAACCAACUGAGGUUCCAAACAUUACCUGGUUUGCAUAUCUGAGAGGUUUCCUCUUGCUGAUACCUUAUCUUUGGCCUAAAAAAUCCUUCAAGCUACAACUUCUUGCGGGUACAUGCUUUCUCAUCAUGAUCAGCCAGCGUGUUAUCAAUGUCUUUGUUCCUGUCAUGGUAGGCAAAAUUACAGACGCCCUCUCCGGUGAUGACGGCCGUGGAGUCCGGGCCCCUUGGUUGGAUAUCGCUUUGUACAUCUUGUUCAGAUGGCUUCAAGGCUCGCAAGGGAUCCUCAGUGCAGCCAGGUCGAUUCUCUGGAUUCCCGUCGAGCAGUACUCGUACCGCGCGAUUUCAACGGCUGCCUUCGAGCAUGUGCAUGGUCUGAGCGCGGAGUUUCACACGGGAAAACGUACUGGCGAGUUGAUUUCGGCUUUGAACAAGGGAAGUUCGAUCAACUCGUUCCUCGAAAUGGUCACUUUUCAAGUCGGUCCAAUGGUGUUUGAUCUGGUGGUCGCGGUCGUGUACCUCACCAUCAAAUUUGACGCGUACCUGGGAUUGGUUGUCGCCAUUGUGACAUUUCUAUACAUCUACGUCACCAUCCGUCUUGCGUCGUGGCGAGUCACUCUGCGCCGAAACUAUGUCAAUGCUCAAAGAGAGAUGGAAGCAGUCAAAAACGAUUCUCUACACUCUUGGGACACGGUGAAAUACUUCAACGCGGAAGAUUACGAGUUUAACCGUUACCGAUCCUCGAUCAAGCUCAUGCAGAACUUCGAAUAUUGGGUGGAUGUCACCCUAGCCUACAUGAACACGGUGCAGGGUGCACUCUUCAUGGUUGCCCUGUUGAUUGCCAGUUUUAUUGAAGCCUUUGAAGUUGCGCAGGGUGAUCAGACCGUGGGUAACUUUGUGCUUCUGAUAACCUACAUGGCUCAGUUGCAGGGUCCUUUGAACUUCUUUGGGACUUUCUACAGGUCGAUCCAAUCAAAUUUGAUCAACGCGGAGAGGAUGCUGGAGCUCUUCAAAGAACAACCGCAUGUCCUUGACCAAGAAGGGGCCGAAAAGCUUGAAGAAUGUUCUGGUGAUAUUAUAUUCGACAAUGUGAGCUUCAGUUACGACAAACGAAGACCUGCCCUCGACCGACUGACAUUCCGCUGUCCGCCUGGGUCGACCACCGCCCUUGUUGGUGAAUCUGGCGGAGGUAAAAGUACCGUGAUGAGGCUGAUUUUCCGCUACUACAACCCAGACUCUGGGCAAAUUAAGGUUGACGGUAGAGAUGUCCAAGAUAUUACCAUCGACUCCCUGCGAAAAUUCAUCGGCGUGGUACCUCAGGAUUGCAACAUGUUCAAUGAGUCGAUCAUGUACAACCUUCGAUACGCCAACCAAGACGCCACUGAUGAAGAGAUAUUUGACGCUUGCAAAGCAGCCUCGAUCCAUGACCGGAUCAUGGAAUUUCCCAACGGCUACGAUACGAAAGUUGGCGAACGAGGCGUGCGUCUUUCAGGUGGAGAACGUCAGCGAGUUGCCAUAGCCCGAACGAUCCUCAAAAACCCUCGCAUCACCAUGCUUGACGAAGCUACUGCAGCCCUAGAUACCGAAACUGAGGAGAAAAUUCAAGAGUCCUUCAACACGCUCGCUGAAGGACGGACGAUGGUCAUCAUUGCCCAUCGCCUCAGCACCAUCGUGAAUGCCAACCAGAUCCUGGUGCUCUCCCAUGGAACCGUGGUCGAAAGCGGUACGCACGAAGAACUCAUCGCGCUGGGUGGCAAAUAUGCAAGCAUGUGGCGGAAGCAGUCAAGGGCGCAGAAGGCCGCCGCAGAGGCGGCUGAGCUAAGGACUCGCGCGAAGAAGGCGUUGGAAGAGGCUGAGGCCGACAGUGCCAGUGUCAGUGAAGAAGAGGUUGAACAGUCGAAGAAGCGAGACAAGGGCCAGUGGUCCAAGGGCCAUAAGAGGGUCAAUUUUAGUGAAAGCAGUCAUCUGCGGGCGAACUGGACGGUGGACGAGCAUGAUCGAGACGGCGACGAUCGGUCAGACACCUCCCAGACAGGACAUGGGGAUAGCGGGCACGGUCAUUCGGGAAAGCCCCCAGGACACCCUUGAGAUGAAACGAUCUUCUGCUUGAAUUACGACUGAGCCGCUGCAAGCUGUACCCGGUCAGCUCGAUACCUGCGCUAUUAUAUGCGGCCAUAUAUUUUAUUCGGGUCUUUGCGAGGGGGGUUAUCUGUUUAUUCUUUAUGGGUUGUUUCUGCAAAGAGUCUUGAACAAUUGUGAUUGGACGAGCACAUGACGCCAGCCACGCGAGGGUUUCACGACGGACUCAGGGUUGGAGAAUGCGCCCUGAUGAGGUACAAAAGUCUUUUGCUCCUUUUCCUUCUCCUUUCGGAUCUCUUGGGGUUUUGUCAAGAUGUUUAUCUUGCUCACGCAAGCACACAUGCAUGAAAAGAAGCUGGAGCCUCGCGGCCUUGGGGUUGAGUGGCAUCAUGGAGAAUGAGGACUACUUGUGCGAGUGUGUGUGAGAGAGAAACAGAGAGAGCGAUUGCGUGUUUUUUGGUGUGCGUGCGCGUGCUUGUGGGCGUUCUUGCUCGCCUCUCCAUCUCUGCGAUCGAAACAGCGUACACUACACAGAUUGGACACUUGAAAUGCAAUAAUAGACAAGAGUUCAUAAUAACAGACGCCUCUUGUUCUUGUUCAUUUUGGCUAGAUCUUCUUGGUCUCGCGCAGCUCAUACUCGCAUAAUGAUCACCAUCAGAACCGUCGCAGGCAGGGGGAACAGUGCCCAUAG